AUGGCCCGCCGUGCUCCACCGACCCCACAAGAAAUUGCUGCCCGAAUUGCGGAAGUAAGGAUGAGAGGGACUGAUUCUGGAGGAAGCCCACCAAGGAGAGAAGAAUCAGAAGAUUUGGGGAAAGCGAUUGUCCCUUAUGUUUCUUCUCAGGAUGCUGAAGUAAGAGAAGCGGGAACAUCGUCUCAAGACUUGCCUUUAGGUGUCAAAGAUAGAGAUGAUCUCUUGAGAUGGGUUCGUGAGUCUUUUCCAGGUGCUUAUGUUCAGAGAACAGAGGAAGAUGAACAGGUGGACUCCACUACUGUUCCAGUAGGAGAAGGUUCAGAAGAACAACAGGCUAGGGAUGAAGAUGCUGCAGAAAAAGAAGCAGACCGAGCACAAGCAGAAGAAACUGUUGAAGAAAGAAGUACAGAUGCUUCCACUAGUGCUGAAGAAGAGGCUGCUACCAUUCUAAGUGAAGUUCUGGGUGAUCUACACCGACAUGCUGAAGCACCUAUAGAAACAGAACAUGUCACAGCACCGGUUAUAACAUCUUCUGCAACAUCCGACAGUUCACAUAGUUCUGAUGAGAUCCCACUCAAAGAUCGUGUUGCCCAGAUUGCUAAAGGGAAGAAAGUAGCAUCUGAAAAGAAGGCCCAGUCAAGGAAGAAAACCCAGAAGAAGGAGAAGGGGGAGAAAACAUCAGCAAGCUCUAAGAAAGAAAAGAAGAAAGCAACCCAACAGGCAAAAGACAGUGAUGAAGACAGAUUUCGUGACAAAGCAUCCAAGAAGAAGUUUGAAUCUGUUGAAGAGAGAGGUGUUGUGGUUGAAAGAAUGAUUGAUGAAGGAGCUUUUGAGAAGUAUGGCUUGACUGAGCUGCUGCAACAAAGAAGUUUAUAUAAGUCUGCCACUUUUCCAGAAAGCUAUAGUUUGUCUUUAGUACAGGAAUUUUACAGUAAUUUGCUGCCUUCUGACAAAGGGAUCACUAGAGUUUAUGUUCGAGGUAAGUGGAUCCCUUUUACUCCCACUUGUCUGAAUAAAUUCUUGGAGUUUAAACCAGAGGUGAAGGGAAACUAUGAAGAAAGACUUGAGUUGAAUGAAGAAGUUCUGAAAGAGAUCACUGGAGGAAGGACAGAGUCAUGGGGAGAGGAGACAAGACUCCCAGCAUCCACCCUUACGGCCAAGUAUAAUGUUCUGUUUAGACUUGGCAUUCGAGAUUGGUUACCACUCACACAAUUCCAAAUGAUAGUGAAGGAGCUCGCGCUUUUAUUGUUUGCUCUGCUGGUACUGGCAAGAAGUUCAACUGGGAAGGCUGAUUUUUCCGUAAUAUUGUAA